GUCUAUAAAUUGGCAAAUACAAGACAUAAAUAAAGACAGUGUUGUUCCUUCAAAUACCUUCCUCUCAUCAAUGGCAGAUCAGGUCUCAGUUAUCAACCCUUUCUACUGUUCAGCUGAUUCUAUCACUUUACAGGUUAAUACAGAGAAAGGAGUGACUUACAAUGAAAAGGGUGAUCGUCUCUUUUAUAUGGACGAUACUUUUUUUACACUUCACAACCGUCGUGUUUUAUAUGAUAAUACACAAAAACCCAUCGUCACUCUGUACAAUAAGGCCGUGACGAUUCAUGAGCGAUGCAAAGUUUUCAAGGGUGAAAGCACCGAUUCAUCUGAAUUGCUGUUUUCCGUGGAAAAAACCAAUAAAUCGAUUCCACCUGGGAUUGCAAAAUUGAAUGUGUUCCUCGCAAACAAUGAAGACAAAAAAGAAAGUGACUUUAGAGUGAUCAUUUAUGGAAGUAAAAACUCUUGCACAGUUUAUGCCGGUGAAUCUCCUAUCAUCGUAGCCAAAGUGGAGAAUAAUGGUGGCUUCAAUGUCAUGGUCUAUCCUAACGUGGACUACGCAUUCAUAGUGGCACUGCUUAUGAUUGUUAAGGAUAUGAAAUUCUCUAAUGGGUCCACUGAUAGUACACAAAACAGUAUUGCUCUAUCGUUAUCGCUUUGAACAAGCCAGUAAAUAAAUGUAAUAUUGUAUAAGAAAAUUCAAGUAAAAUUGAGCAAAAAAAUUGCAGGUCCUCCCUAAUCCAC